GAUCAGCUGAUCGCUGAUCGUCCCAAGGUUCCCCCUCUCGACGUCUCAGUGUUUGGCGUUGUGACUCUCGACGUUUGCACAAUCGAAAAAUUCAACAGAGGUUUAACUGAAUAAAAGUAGAUUAAUAAAUAUUGUUUGUGAUGUUUGUAGCUGCGGGGGCGAUUGCGGUGUUUUGAAUUCAUCUUGUGGAAGGUUGGAACGUCUUCGAGGAUAAUUGAGAUUCCCACCCACAAUGAGAAAAACGAUAACCUUCGGUAAAAUCGGGGCGUCCCUCCCCAAGCCCGAAGACAAAAUACCCCCCACCCCCAGUUCAUCGCCAGCCCCCUCCGGUUUCGGAACCUUCGGUAAAAAACCCGCGGCGAAACCCCCCACCGAGAUCCACGAGAUUCGUCCGGAGGACGAGGAAGAAUCGGAAAAUCUCCGUAAAAUAAUGGGUAUGACGGGAUUCGGUAAGAAGGCAAAGGCUUUCGACGUCCAAGAGAUGAUGGAGAACAUAAAAAAAACCGUGCGAUCCUCCGAGCCCCCUAAAACCGACGACUCAUCCCGAAAAAAUACCGAAACCACACCUGCGCCCGAUGACGAGUCCUCAGAGGAAGACGAUGACGUGAUCGGUCCAUUACCCCCACCCCCCGCGAACACCUCGGAUGAUCCAAAAUCCUCCAAGACAAAGGACAAAAGUCGAAACAGCGACACCUCAGACGACUCUGAUGACUCCGACACGGAGGAACUGACCCUGAUGGAGAAAAUCCCCUGCACCCACGAGGUAUCAAUGGCCCACGGUACAAAAGCGAUAACAGCGGUAGCAGCAGAUCCUGCUGGCGCCCGCCUCGCCUCAGGAUCGAUCGACUACGACGUAAGUUUCUGGGAUUUUGCGGGAAUGGACUCCUCCCUCCGUAGCUUCCGAACCCUCCAGCCCUGCGAGAACCACCCGAUCAAGUGCCUCCAGUACUCGAUGACUGGAGACGUCAUCCUCGUGAUAUCGGGUUCAGCGCAGGCUAAAGUCCUCGAUCGCGACGGUUUCGAGAAAUGCGAGACGGUGAAGGGUGACCAGUACAUAACGGACAUGGCGAGGACGAAGGGCCACACAGCUGGCCUGAACUCUGGUGCCUGGCAUCCCUUCGUCAAGGAGGAGUACAUGACUUGCUCGCAGGACAGCACCUGCCGGCUCUGGAUACUGUACAGACCGAAGAGGCAUAAGGAGUUGAUCAAGUGUCGAGCGCAGAAUGGGGUCAAGACGAUCCCCACGACGUGUGGUUACAGUCGAGAGGGGACAGUGGUUGCUUGUGGAUGCAUCGAUGGAAGCAUCCAGAUGUGGGAUCACCGAAAGAACUUUGUCAAUCCUUCGUUGAUUCUGAGAGAGGCCCACCAGAGUGGGGCUGGAAUCUCUAGUUUGAGCUUCUCCUACGUAGGGGACCUGUUGGCCACGAGGUCUUGCGAUGAUACUCUCAAGCUGUGGGACCUGAGAAACUUCAAGAAGCCGAUCUUCGUGGCGGAGGAUUUGUUCUCCCGGUACGACACGACAGACUGCAUGUUCAGUCCUGACGACUCGAUGGUCAUUACUGGUGAGUCUCUGAAGAAGGGUCAGACCCACGGGCGAGUGCUGUUCUACGAUAAGAAUAGUUUUGAGUUGGUGAAUGAGAUUAAGGUGACGAAUUCACAUGUCAUCAAGACCCUCUGGCACCCGAAGCUCAAUCAGAUUUUUGUGGGGUGUGGUAAUGGGAUCGUUAAGGCGUAUUAUGACUCGAAGAGGAGUCUGAGGGGGGCCAAGUUGUGUGUCGUUAAGACACAGCACAAGCAGAAUCACAUUGAGAUGAUGUCGACACAGCAGAUCAUCACGCCUCAUGCACUUCCCCUGUUCAGGCAGGACAGGCCGAAGUCCGUGAGGAAGCAGAUUGAAAAGGAUCGACUGGAUCCUGUCAAGUCUCGAAGACCCGAUCUUCCGAUCACUUCGGGGCAGGGGGGGAGGGUGGUGUCAUCGGGGGGAACGCUGAGUUCGUAUGUGAUCAGGAAUCUUGGGCUGAGCAAGAGGAUCGAGGACGAUCAGGAUCCCAGGGAGGCUAUUCUGAAGUUCGCGAAGGAGGCGGAGGAGAAUCCUUACUGGAUUGCCCCGGCCUACAAGAAGACCCAGCCGACUACCAUUUUUCAGAGUGACGAGGGGGAGAGUGGACCUUCCAGCAAAAAACCGAAAUUGUAAAGGGAAUGUUGUAUUUGUGAGGAUAAUAAAGUAACUCCGAAAGACAGAACGACAAUGGGAAACAUUUCCAUCGAGAGAUAGCACACCGAGUUGACAAUAGUGAGUGGCUUCACAUCAUCAUUCAGCAGCAGCAUCAUGAACAAAUAGUACGACGAGUAGAUAACAGUCCCACUCAGCACCGAAAUUACCAGAAGAAUGGGAAACGAGUACAGACUCGAGAUAUCACAAACGAGCUCAUAUAGAACUUCAUGAGACACUUUGAUGACGAGUAAAUUCUUGCUGAUGACGUCGUCAAGCGUCCGCUCCAAGGAGUUGAAGUAAUAUGGGGCGGCAAAAGCCGCCGAGGAGAUGCGGUUGAGUCCCUCAUUCAGAGCUCUGAAUCUGUCCCUCAGGAGCACCAGGACGAACGUGUACUGGAGGAUUAGCCAAGUGAAUACGAAACUGGGGAUUAUUAUCCCGACGAACGUCGCCUUGAACCACUUCUCGAACUCCACCAGAUCAGUCCAGAAUAGGUUGAUCCAGAUGGAGACGUUCAGGACGAAAUAGAGACGCAGCUGGAGGCCACUGAGGUUGCGGUGCUUCACGUAGGCUAGGGUCCUCAUAGUCUCGUCCUCGUGCUGCCAUGUAUUGGCUAUUCUGAUGGCGGUCUUUUGGUUCAGAAUUAUGUACAACCAGACUACGACCAACACAACCAGGCCUAUUGAGGCCUUAGCUAGCGAGAUCACCUGAGCUGUCGAUGUUUUCCGCUCGAACUCAACCCUGUCUAUCGCGGCUAUCGAGCUGGGACUCAGGAUCGCCACGAUGACCACCAGGAUGAGGUUGUAGAGAGUCCCGAUGUGGGAGUGAACGAAAAUUGGGGAUUUGUUGGCGGGACGAGGGUUUACGGUGAACGGGGCUAGGCCCAGGAUUUUGAAAACAGCGUAGGAUAGUAAGGGGAACGAAUUGGUCACCCACUGGGGAAGAUGCAUCAUGCUUGCGGGCUUGUGAUUCACUGAGGCAUCCUGGGGUCAGUAUGGAUUUUCUGGGUCAGAGGAAUGUGUGAUGAGCUGGUGCGGGAAAUGGAGUAUUGAUAUUUGU